GGUCGGAUCAAAGCUUUUUUCUUCUCUCUCUCUUUCUCACUCUCGCUGUAAUGCAUAAGACGUUUGAAUGUACUCUUAAGGUGAUUUCAGCCAAUCCACUUCAGAGUGAAAAAUACCAAAGUAGGAAUCAGUAAUAGUUAUGGACAAUAUGAUUAGAUCUUCGUGAUGGAGUGGAAAACGAUUUUGUUGACUAUAGGCAUAUUGAGUUUAUUGUUUUUGGCGAUUCCAAUCAGAUACGAGCCGGACACGGAAGUUCAGGAUGCAAAGUUGUUUGAAGCUUACGUCGCCGAUUAUAAUAAAUCAUACAAAUCAAAUCCGGAAGAAUAUGAAAGAAGAUAUCAACGUUUUAAACAAUCUCUUAGAAGGAUUGAAACUUUGAACAAACUGAGAAGCUCAGAACACAGUGCACGCUAUGGGUUGACCAAUUUCUCAGACAUGACAGAGGAAGAAUUCCUUGCAUUGCACCUCCGUCCAGAUCUUUCCACAAGAAGUGAACGUCACCACAAGUGCAAUUAUCAUCAUAUUCAUUCACAUGAUCGAUCAAAAAGAGCACCAGUAGUAUUACCAAGUAAAUUUGACUGGAGAACAAAAGGAGUUGUUACUGCAGUUAAAAGCCAAGGCACUUGUGGGGCUUGUUGGGCAUUUAGUGCAGUAGAAACUGCUGAAACUAUGUUUGCCAUAUCUAAUAAGACACUUCGUGCUUUUAGUGUUCAAGAGAUGAUUGAUUGUGCCAAAAACAGUAAUUUUGGUUGCGAAGGAGGAGAUAUUUGUAGUUUACUAGAGUGGCUUGUUUUAUCAAAAACAAAACUACUACCCGAAGUAGAAUAUCCUCUAACUAGAAAAACUGAUGUUUGCAAAUUGACAAAGAUAUCGCCAAAGUCUCAAGAAGGCAUUCGUGUAUCAGACUUUACAUGUGAUAAUUUCGUUAGCGCGGAGGAUGCGUUAGUAAAACAGCUAGCAACGAAGGGUCCAGUGGCGGCAGCCGUAAAUGCGCUUUCGUGGCAAAAUUAUUUGGGCGGAGUGAUCCAGUUCCAUUGCGAUGGCUCGUUUACGAGUCUCAAUCACGCAGUACAAAUUGUUGGAUACGACAAAACUGCCGCAACGCCUUAUUACAUCGUUAGAAAUUCUUGGGGACCAUCGUUUGGUGACAAAGGCUAUUUGUAUAUUGCCAUUGGGAAUAAUCUUUGUGGAAUAGCGAAUCAAGUUUCUUCGCUCGACGUCGUGUAUUAGUUUAGAUUGAAAACUAUUUUUAAAAACAAUGAAAUUUAUAAACAGCAGCGAAAUUGUGAUAUUUGACAUUUAUACGCCGUUUACAGGGCUAUUUGAAAU